AUGGCAAAGGGUUCAAAAAAAGGCAAUGGAGGUAAGAAGGCUAAGCAACAUGUGAAGGUAGUGAAGAAACCUCAAUCAGGGGAUGCGAAGAAGAAGGUGAGUGUUAAUGAUAUACACGAUAAUGCUUCAUUGAGUUGGUCAUCGAAAGAGGAGCAGGAUAAUGAUUCAGUAGCAUCAGCGGAUUUGAAUGCUUCGAUGAUGGAGAAAGCAAGUGCUGAGGUUGCUAGGCAGCAGAUGGCUAAGUGGAUUGAAUCCAUUCGUACUCCUUUGAGGCCAGCAUCUGGAAAUGUGGUGAAUCCUUCCCCUCACCCAAUGCAACAGUUAGCAAGCACUACAGUGAUCCUUACUGAAGAGGAUGUUAAGGAAGAAAUAGCUUUCUGGGAAUCAGCUGUUGUUUGCUACAUACUAGGUAUUAAACCUCCAGCUCGAAUUGUAGAUGGCUUUAUUAGAAGAGUAUGGGGAAAAUGUGGUAUAGACAGGAUUGCAAUGGGGAGUAAUGGAGUUUUUGUAGUUAGAUUCAGGACCAUGGAAGGGAAACAGAAAGCGAUUGAUGCUGGGCCUAUCCUUUAUGAUAGUUUACCUGUCAUAGUAAAAAACUGGUCACCUGAACUAGAUUUAAUGGCGGAAGAAGUGAAGGUUGUUCCCACCUGGGUGCGAUUGCCUGGAUUACCUUUGAAAUACUGGGGACCUUCUUCUCUGAAUAAGAUUUCUAGUCUUAUUGGAAAGUCCAUCAGAAUUGAUAGAGCAACAGCCUAG